AUGGCCGACACCUCGCUCUUUGAGGUGGCCCGCCAGACGCACGAGGAGGCGGAGCGGUACCAGCAGGCCCUCGUCGACAUCCUCAUCCAGUCCGCCUCGUCAACCGCCCCCAUCACCCACAAGGAGAAGCUCAAACGAUCCCACAAGGCAUCACACAUCCUCGAUCGCAUCUCGGACCGAUUCGCCUCCCUCGACGACUUCUACCGCGACCUCUCCGGCGACAAGGCACGCGAGUUUGACGACCUCGACGGUUCUUCCUCCUCCUCCGCCGCCGCCGCUCCCCACGCAGCCAACUCGGACUCUGCAGAUCCUUCCGCCGCAUCCGCACCCGAGGCUUCCGGCUCCCACUCCGACGCCUUCUCCGAGUUCUACUCGAGGCUCAACAGGAUCAGAGAAUACCACCAAAAGUACCCCGGCGCCAUCCCCGAUGCGUUCGCCAUCGACUUUGACGCCCUCGAGGGCGGCAGCGACCAGCCAGGCAGCAGCGGCGCAGCAGCGGCAGCUGCCGCAGAAAUGGCGGGCUCCGGCAUCGACUUCCUCGACCGCAUGUUUAGCGGAGAAGAGAUGGCGGGCCGCUACAUGGACCUCUACCUCCACCACGACGCAUUCCUCAACCUCAAGGGCGUCAAACGCGUCACCUACCUCCGCUACCUCGACGACUUUGACAAGCUGGCCGGACAGGACGCAAAGGUGCCCGACGAAGCCAAGCGCACCGAUGACUACAAAAAGUACCUCUUCGAGCUGCGCAGCUACCUCUCCAACUUCCUCCGCAAGACCCACCCGCUCUCCAACAUCGACCAGCUCGAGGCAACGGCGCUCGCUGCCUUCGACCAAGACUGGGACGCCGGCAAGGUCGUUGGGUGGGAGGACCAUGGCGAGGCUAUCCUCAACGCCUCUGCAAAGGGCAAGGGCAAGGGAAAGGCGGCCGGCGAUGCCGCGGCAGGGGCAGCGGGCGCAGCCAACGGCAAUGGGAUCUGGUGCGAGGCCUGCCGUCGCUCGUACUCCAAGCAGACGGUCUACGACGCCCACCUCAAGUCGCCCAAGCACCAGAAGGCGGCGCAACGGCUGGCGGCAUCCGCUGGCGGCGGCAACGGUGAGGCAAAGGAGGGCGACAGUCGCUCCACGCCGUCGUCGGCACCCAACGGCGAGAUGGAGCGGAUCAAGCGGCAGACAAAGGCAAAGUCGCUGGCGCGAGAGGAGACGCUGAUCCGCACGCUCGGCAAGGAACUCGAGGCGAUCCGGGCCGACACCAAGGCCAACGUGGAGCGGCGAGCGGCGCUGACGGACCGAGAGAGGCAGGCCGAGGCCGAGGCGGCCGAGGAGGAGCUCAACAAUAUGGCCGCGACCAACACGGGCGGCGACGGUGUCCUUGAUAACGAGGCCAACGGCGACGAAGACGACGACGACGAGGAAAAGAUCUACAACCCGCUCAGACUGCCGCUCGGCUGGGACGGCCGGCCGAUCCCGUACUGGCUCUACAAGCUGCACGGCCUCGGCGUCGAGUUCAAGUGCGAGAUCUGCUCCGACCAUGUCUACCAGGGAAGGAAGAACUUUGAGAAGCACUUCCAAGAGUCUCGGCACGCGUUUGGCAUGCGCGCCCUUGGCCUGCCCAACACGGUGCAGUUCCGCGACGUUACGAGGAUCCAGGAUGCGCUGGCACUGGCGGACAAGCUGAAAAAGCAGGGCAAAUUGCAGGCCGAGCAGGAUGGAGACGCCGAGGAGGUCGAGGACGAGCACGGCAACACGUACACGCGCAAGACGUACGAGCUCCUCAAGCGCCAGGGUCUGCUGUAG